AUGGACUGGAAGCAGAAUAUAAUAAUUCAGCUACAAAAAAGAGAUAGUUCUAUAAAUGAAAACCAAGAUCUUUUGAGCUCAUAUCAUGAUGUGCUAAAUCGACUCUUUGCCACUGAAGAUAAACUAAAAUCGCUUCAGAAGACUGAUCUACAAAUUGAAUUGACAAAAACGAUAAGUGAAUUUGAGAUACUCAAAACCAAGAAUCAGCAAUUAACAAACUCCUACGAUUUGACAAAGUCAAUCAACGAGAAGCAAGAUAAGGAAAUCAAACAAUUGAACCACAAAAUCAAAAGGCUACAAGACGUAUCUAACAAAUUGAAUGACCAGAUAUCUGUUAAAAUUGAAGAGAAUCGUGCCAAAAGUAAAGCCUUGGAUUUAGUCAAUGAUGAUAUGUUAGCCCUUCAAUUGGAAAACAAUUUGAUGAAUGAGAAAACCAAGGAAUUACAAGCAGAAAAUGACCAACUUGUGAUUAGGUGGAUGGAUAAAGUCAGGGAGGAUGCCGAGAAAUUGAAUGAUGCCAAUGCAUUUCUUGCCAGUGCUAGGCUCGAAAGAAAUAUAUAA